UGGUGGUUUUGUACUUUUGUUGAUAGGGAUCAGAGGGAUCACUAGAAUACAAAGAAUUAUUAUUUCCUACAUAACUUUUCCAAAUAGUUAUUUUAAAAGUUAUCCCCAUUAAUAUACAAUUCAAUUGUAAAUUCCAUUGUAACUUUAUCAUGUUUUAAUUUUUGCGAGUUUUCACUAUUAUCUUGAAAGUGCUAUAUUGACAUCUGUUUGUUUUGAUUUACUUGUAAUUAAAUUUAUUCUAUCAAGACAAACUCAACUUAGGAGCCAAAAUGGAAAGUGGAGAGUGGAGAAGUAAAAUAGUAAAUCAAUUACAAGCAAGAAAUAAAUAUGAGACGGCUGCUUUUCAGGAUAUAAUAACUUUUCAAAGCAGGCUUUUCGACAAUGUGAAUACCCUGAAGAAUGAAAACCUUCAACUUACUUUAGUUAAUGAAAGGAUAAGGUUUACCAAUACAGAUAGUGUGGUAUCCGGAGGAAAUCCAUCUGCAGAAAAGAUUCAAGCUUUAGAACAAAAGAUACUUGUACAGCAAGAGGAACUAACAUCUUUACACAGGAGAAGAGGAGAGAGUGCGCAGCAAAUAAUAUCCCUCAAUGCCAGAGUACAAGAGUUAGAGAAACAACUACAGACAAAAGAUGUUACAAUUUCAGAAAAUACAGCUUUGAUAGCUUCUCUGAGAGCCGAGAUACAAAUGUAUGAAACAAAUAUGUCUGAGCUGCAAGGCUUAAAUCAAGUUUUAAGAGACGAACACCAAGCUUUACAGAUCGCAUUUGCUGCAAUCGAAGAAAAAUUAAGGAAAGCUCAGGACGAAAAUCGGUCUUUAGUGGACAGGUUAAUAAAAUAUAAGGCGAAAGAUGCUGACAAGAUGAACGAGGAAAAUGAUAAUUUUGUCAAGUCAGGCAACCCUACCGCGUUUUUCAUCAACACGUUUGGUAGAGUUAGUUUCGGGAAGAAAAGCGACAAAGUUCGGAAGGAGCUGGAGGAAGCGGCGAGAGAAGGCGGCAGUAGAAGUAGCGGGUCACCCUGCUCUUCGGAAGAUAAGAUAAUAGAUGCACUGCCGUAUUACGCGACUGUGCUGCCAUCUAAAGUGGCUUUGAGAUUUGACGCUCACGAUGGUGAAGUGAAUGCUGUCAAAUGGAGUCCUACAGACCGCAUAGUGGCGACAGGCGGGGCAGAUAGAAAAGUCAAAUUAUGGGACAUAUCGAAGUGUGUGAUUGAUAGUAAAGGUACUCUAGUCGGUUCUAACGCGAGUGUGAUGUCAGUGGACUUUGAUGCGUCAGGGACUUUCAUAGUAGGUGCGUCGUAUGACUUCGCGAGCCGCGUGUGGACUGUUAACGACCAGCGUAUGAGGCACACGUUAACGGGACACAGCGGGAAAGUGAUGGCGGCGAAAUUCCUUGGGGAGCCGGCAAAGGUGAUCACGGGAAGUCACGACAGAACGUUAAAGAUAUGGGACUUAAAAAGUAAAAGUUGUAUAGAGACGAAGUUCGCGGGGUCGUCAUGCAACGACCUGGUGACGUCAGACGGCGCUGGGUCCACUAUCAUCUCAGGUCACUUCGACAAGAGGAUACGCUUCUGGGACAUCCGAAGCGAGAUGUCGGCGAACGACAUCAUGUUACAGGGCAAAGUCACUUCACUUGAUCUCAGCAGAGACAGCAAUUAUUUGCUGGCGUGCGUACGCGACGACACAAUACAGCUGAUAGACCUGCGCAUGAACACCAUUGUGCGCUCUUUUAGCCACGACUCAUUCAAAGUGGGCUGCGACUGGUCGCGCGCGUCGUUCGGACCCGGAGGUCGACUAAUCGCAGUAGGUUCAGCAGACGGCGGAGUUCUCAUAUGGAACACUCACACAGGGAAGCUAGAAACCAUCCUAAAAGAGCAUACAUCGGCGGUGACGGCUGUGUCAUGGCACCCUCAAACAGGUAUCCUGGCGUCGGUGGACCGCGGCAAGCGGGCAGCCAUCUGGGGCGAUUUGUGACAGCCCCGGGAACCCGCUCCCCCGCCCCCUUCAGACAAGAUCUCGGAUCGAGACGUCGCAGAUGACAAAGCUGAUGGUGGCGAGGUGUUCGACUUCCUACGCGGCAUAACCACCGAUCUCCUGCACAGGUUUAACUAGUCUAACCAGCAAUGGAUACGGUACAACACAAUAUUUCAUCAGAAUAACGUGCUGUCAACAAACUGGAGAGUUGUGUUUUUCCAAAACUUUCCUCAUUUAGUUUUCAAUUUGACAUUUCGUUAAAUGACAAAAAACAGCGCACUGAGUGAUAGUUCUUUGGUGCAGUUACAAAACACAACAAUAACGUUGUAAUUAAUACUUUAAGUAAACUUUUGUACUACUUUCCAUUUGAAAUAGAAAUUGGUCUUUGGGUGAACUAAUGUGACCGAUAUGCAUUGCAAGUGUAUUGUAUGUAAAUAUGUUUGUUUAUAAAUAUACUUAGUUUUAAAAUUAGUAUGUCUCAAAGCGGUGCUCCGUGUCACAACUUCAAGAUUUUACGCAUAAAUUAAAUUUAAUUUGAUGUUAGGCGGCUAAUUUUCGAUUCUACAGAGUUCUCCAUUGUCACUAGUUGUUCAUGCCAGUCUAUAAGCUAGAAACUAAAUUGUUCCGAGAUUAUGGUGCACUUCCAUCGUGAAUUCUCUAUCGACAUACAUUAAAUUGAUUAUUAGAAACACUAACAUGAAACCUGAUUUUAAUGUACCUUUCAGGAAACAAUGGUAAUAUUUUGUCAAAUAUUGGUGCUGAUUGCUGAUUACUUACAUCAACUAUAUAAUAAGUGUUGAAAAAUAGUCUUCCUUUUACUCCAUUCUUAAUCAUGUUAAACAAUAUGAAUAUAAAAUCAAAUGCUUUAUUACAAAAGCGUAUGGCAAUGUAAGAAUGCACAUCGUAGAUGCAAAAGAAAUAUCAUUGGCGAGUUGUAUACAAAAGCAUCAUGGCGUAUAAAAUAUUUUAGUGCUCACAGCCAUACUAAGUUAAUGCUAUUUAAUGUAAAAAUUAUCUUCACCACUGGCAAUUAUUUGAUAUACGAUCAUGGACUGAGACAUGAAGACACUGAAACUUAGAUAUGCUUGUAAUUGUUGUGUUAUUCUCCAUGGGUCCACACAGAGCAGACCCUCGCGUAUGUUCAAGUGAUUGAACUCGAAAAAACUAUUGUUUGCUUGUAUUCCAUUCAUUCAUUUGACCGAACCGAAUAUUUUAUGAAAAAAAUAUAUUUUUGUAUGGAAUUAUAACGCAGCCAGCCAGAAUUCCAUACAAAAAAUGCGCACACGCGUGCGCGUCACGCAACCAUUUGACCACUCGUGUGGUAUGCUCCAUGUGGGCACAUAAUGAAUAACCCAUUAUUUUCAAAUACUCUUAUUAGUAUAUAGUGACGCAAGCAGAUUUUCAGUUCACAGUCUCAACGUAUCUUCGAAUACUCAUUAAAUGUUAUUGGUUUUCUUAAGAAAAUAGCAUUGCGGUUAAUUUCAGCAUAUUUAAAUAUGCUUGGAGUUACUUGUUCGAGUUAAGAAGAUAACUGUAUGUAAAUAAAAUUGGAAGACAUGCUAGUUUUUUCAAUAACAUUGUUAAUUUCAAUAUCAUUAAUAUUUCCAGUUAAGGGCAAAUUCUAUCUCAAUAAUAAUUCUUUCUCAAAUAGACUUCACAACCUGCUUGCCCUACCUAUAGUUAGUAUCAUUAAAAAUUCGACUUAUUGAUAAGCAUUAUUUUAUUUGCACAUAAAUGUGAUAUUUUUAUAGCAGCUUUUAAAUGCCUAGAUGUAGCCAGUAGCAGUUAUUUAUGUAUAUAGCUAUCAGGUGACAUGAUAUUUGCUUUACGUUCGGACCGGGCGGCCACCUGCACACUGCACGUAUAGUAGAACUCAUUAGCAAACAAUGAUCGCGGCCGGGCGUCUUCUCUGCGCAUGCGCAUCGCUCCCAUAGCGCAGCUCAAAUACCCGUAGAGCCUGUGUUUUGGCGGCUAAUCUUUUAUCUAAUUAUAUAUCGCUAUAAUUGAAUAUAAAGAAAUACCUUCCAUAAGCCCUUUUUAAUUGGCUGAUUUACUCCCAUUAGGUCCUCUAGAUAUUUUUUCGUGGUGAUAUAUUUCGUCCCAUGAUGUGAUGAUAACAUUUUUGGCAUAUGGAUUUUACUACAUUAUUUCCAGAUUAGUGAUCCUCCCAUUCCCAUUCAGCGAUCAUUUCACCCAAUUGCGGAAGGAUGCUGACGCUAAGUUAGCUUGCAGUGGGGCUGGAACUUUAGCAAGUAACGCACUGCUUGAUAUACACUUUAUAUUUUCUGCCAUUGGAUUUGAAAAACUUUGCUUUAUCGACUACAGUAAGGCUAGUUUUGUAUGCGUAAUAUAACAUACACACUAUUCUCUUGAUUUUUUCAAAUCUGAUUGCAUGAAUCAACGAUUCAGAUCGGAUCCACUUGUUUCGUGAACUAGUCGAUCGAAAACCAGUCUUAGUUUAGCUUUAAACAUGAUAAUGAGUAUAGAAGUUGCAGUUCGGUCUAGAAUGGUGUAGAUUAAUUUGACUUUGAAAUUUUACAUAACUUAAUAUUUGAUUACAUACGCAUUUUAGGCACUUAUUUAGCUCGAACAAGUAACAAGUCUCGACUUUGUGAAUAAACAUUACGUUUUUGUGCCGAAUUUAGUUAUAUUGUAAUCAAGAUUGAUUUGUUUUAUAAAAUUUACUGUAUUCUUAUUUAGAUUUGAUAGCAUUAAUCACUAUUACAAUGUCAAAUCAGAAUAUUAAAGUCUAUUUGUAAUUCAAUGUAUUGGGUUAAUCAAUUGUAAAUUAAGAUUCCAAUUUCCGAAACGUAUUCCACAACUUCAUUUGUUUAACUUUUACCUUUCACCUAAGUUUAAUUAAUAGGUUGUUAGCAUCAAACAAAUUUUAGUGUUUUGCUGCGACAAAACAUUGGUGGGUCGCGACAAGCGAUCGACUAUCGAGCAUCGCCGCGGGCGACACAUCUAUAAUCCCGUGACGUGUUGUGACAGCCGAGCUCGACCACUUUUUCAAUGUCAGUUUUUACUAGCGUUUUUAUUCGGCAGUCCAUCGACCCCGCGCCACUUACAAGAGCUAUUUUCACAUGUAAUUACACGUAUAACCGACCGCUUAAUUACCCGAAACUGCUGCGACGCCCGCGCAAGGAAUUCGAUCGAAAAAAAUGACUAAUCCGGCGCCGCUCUCAAAUUACUAUUCGUUAACCUUCGACUUCGCUCUUAUUAAUAUCUAAUAGUGCUUAGCUAUUUUGCAUAUAGGACUUUCCAAUGGCGCAUGGCGCCACGUCUCUCUAUUAUGAUGAAAUGUUGUUAUCUUGCCAAAAAUAUGACAUACUCUAUGAGAAUCAUUAGAUGGUCACCGUUGCCAUUGAUAACAGCGGCCACUCCAAUGUCCAAACUAGUCAAUCGUUUGCAUUGUAAUUUUACUUUUUCAAUUUAUUUUGCAUAUGUGAUAUAUUGUCUGAAUAAUAUAUUAUCUUAGUUUUUAUUUGAUUUAUGCGUACACAGUUAAAUUUUGACUAAAUGCUAAUGAAGUUGUCAGAAAACAGAUAUGCAUAUGAAAGUUGUGAAGUUUUGGAGAAAGACAAAAUGGUGCCGAACUUUUGUUACGUGUUAUUUAUGGAGUGAUGUGCAUGUAAUUAUUCGCACAAAGAAAAGAUAUGUUUGAUUGAACUUUUUAUAUGAUCACCUUAUUACAGUUUUUAAUUUAAGAAAUGAACCUACUUUUACUUUUUUAUUAGCUACAUCACAAGCUCAUACAAUUGUUAGUAAAUUGCAGCGUUGAAGUGAUUGCUUUUACACGUGUAUAAUAGAAUAUGGUUUCAUAAACUUUUGUAUGUCAAUCGAAUUUGGAAAAAUUUACAAAUAUCAGCUUUGUAAAUAUAAAAUUAAAUGUGCCUUUGUUAGUCUUAAGUAAUUUUAAAAUAAGUACUUAUAUAAAUAAUAAUUAUUGAAUUGCGUGUAUGUGGUUGGACGUCCUAUAUUGGAUACCCCAUGUUAUUAUUCCAGCAUCGGACUCCAGUUUAUAUAACGAUUACGUAUAUAAUAUGUCUUAGUCAAUAGGGUUAUAUAUUUGUAACUAGAUAGGUUAAUAAAUUAUUAGCUUUACAAGACUGUUGUCAUUUCCAAUGAAUAAACGGUACAUGAUGCAUCACAGAUAAUGCCAAAACAACCUGGAGUAAUAUGCAGUAAUAUGAAGUUUAUUUACUCGUAUGAACAAAGUUUUGUGACAAAAGUAUGUAAAUUUGUGCAAACAAGAGCAACGCAUUAAUCUGCAAAUUUUGUCAUUUUCUUUUUAAACAUGAAAAUAAUGAUGUAUAGUUACAAGUAUAAGUUGGGAAGCGUAAUAAAAUAAGUAAUUGUUAAUGCUUGUGCUAGUACAUGCUUUAGUCGCUUAUACGCCAGGACAUCCGUGUAUGUAUGUCCAAUAUUUUUGUACGAGAUGUAUUAUAAUGUACAGUAUAAAUGUGACUACAGCCAGUCUCAAAGUGUAAAUUAAUACGUGUCUAACGUUCAUUUUUAUUCUACGACCUGUAUAUUCAUUCGAUAUGGAAAUAAAUGUGUUAUUAUUU